UCAUCAUCACCAACAAUCAAUCAAUCAAAAAAGAUAUAUGGCAACAUUACAUCCAUUUUCAUCAUUACAUCAUUGGUUAGAAUGUCAUACACAUAUAAUGUUAGCAUUAACAUGGGUAUUUGGUUCGGCAUAUGCAUAUAUACCAUUUGAAAAUACAGCAACACGUCCAUUUAUGUUACCAUCGGAUAAUCAAACAACAUAUUAUGAAUGUACAUAUGAUAAUGGUGUUUCAGUAUUAAAAUUACGUUUAUUUAUGACAUCAAAUAUUGUUUUAACAUUUAUAUUACCAUUAACAGUAUUAAUAUUUAGUUAUUCGGCUAUAAUGCGUAAAUUGAUAGCCGAUGAAAAACGUUUUCGUAAAUCAUCUAAUCAUGCAUAUGGUGUUAAAUUUAAAUCAACAAUUUGUAAAUCUAUUAAUAAUAAUCCAUCAAAUAAUCCAAAACGUAAAAGUUUAUCAGAUAAUAAUAGCCCAAGUAUAAGUAAUAAUAAUAAUAGUGAUCAACAACAACAAUCAUCAUUAUCAUUAACACCGACUAAACCUUGUCAUCAUUUAGCCAAUAAUCAUCAUCAUCAUCAUAAUUCAGUGUUAAAUGAACAGAAUAAUUGUAAAUGUCGUUGUUGUUGUAGUUGUUGUUCGAAACAAAAAUUAUCAAAAACAUUAUCAUCACCAAUAUCAACAUCAACUACAUCAACAACAACAACAACCACUGCUAUGAAUAUAGCAACAACAACAACAAUAAUAAAUUCAUCCGAAAUGGAUAUUAUAAGACCAUCAUCAAUUUUAAGUGAUAUUAAUGAUGAUGACGGUGAUGGUGAUGUUGGUGUUAAUAGUUUGACAUCAUCAUGUGAUUCAUGUAAUCAUCAUCAACAUCAUCAUCAUGGUAAUCAUCAUCAACAACAACAGAAAAAGAAACGUCAAACAAUAAAAUCGGGGCCUUGUUGUUUAUCAACAAAAACAUUUCAAAAAUCAAAAACGAUCAAUAACAAACAAAACAACAACAACAAUAUUGUUGGCUAUCCAAAUGGUCGUCUACGAUUAUCAGCUGAAGAAUUAUCAAUAAAAAGGAUUACAAAUUCAUCUGUACAACAAUCGAUAGCAACAACAACAACAACAAUACCAACACCGACAACAACAACAACAACAAUAACACCAACAACAACAACAGCAACAUUAAAUCAAUUAUCAACAUCAACUAGUCAGAUUGAUUUAAGAAAAUCUACACCAUUCAAUUAUCGUUCAAAGACAAUCAAAAUGAUGUUUACCGUUAUAUUAUUAUAUGGAAUUUGUUGGAUGCCAAUCAAAUUAUAUCAAUUUCUAAAUGAUUAUGGACUAAUUGCUUAUUGUACUGAACGUGAAUUAUAUGCAAUGAUUUGUUUAUAUUUUAUUUGUCAUUGGAUGGCAAUGGCAAAUAGUUUUGUUAAUCCAAUUAUUUAUUCAUUUAUGAGUAAAAGUUUUCGGAAUGAUUUCAGUAAAAUAACAAAAACAUUUCGACAAACAUUUUCAAAAAAUUUUAAUCAACAUUCAAUAAAAACAUCAUCAACACAAGUUUAAUGUUGCAUUUUGAAGAUACUUUUUCGGUUAAAAAUAACUGAAUUUUAAAAAUGAUAAUACU